AUGGUAUCAGAGCGGUUCUACUCCAGACUCAAGUCUUCCUCUCCUGCUUAUACUCCUGAACCUUCAAGUCCACUAUUUCUACUUCCUUCCGAUGUACCGGGUGUGUCCUUAGUUGUUGUGCCUUUCUCUGGGUCCAGUUUUGGGGGUUGGAGGAGGAGCAUGGUCGUGUCCUUGUCCGCUAGAAACAAAAUAGGUUUUAUCGAUGGGUCUUGCACCAAGCCUGCUGUCGAUUCUCCUCAGUACAGGCAGUGGGACAGGUGCAAUAAUAUGGUCAUAUCUUGGUUAAUCAAUUCCCUUUCUCCAGACAUAGUUGAAAGUGUACAAUAUUCUGAAACUGUUGAAAGCAUAUGGAAACAAUUGAAUAAUAGGUAUGGGACUAUUAAUGGAACUAAGGUGUUUGAAAUAAAAAGAGAACUUGCUUCCACUUAUCAAGGGGCUCUCGACAUAGCUUCAUAUUUCAACAAACUUAAGAAACUUUGGGACGAAUUAGGGGUUAUGUGUAUGAGUCAUGCAAAUUCUUGUGUUUGUGCUGCUAAGGAGGGACUCCAGAAAGAAAAAAGAAGAGGACAGGGUUCAUCAAUUCCUCAUGGGUCUUAA